AGGUCAAAUGUAAGAUAAAGUAUGACCUCAAAGCGCAGCAAGUUUAGACACAACCAGAGUUUGCCAGGGAGGCUGUAUCAGUUCCAAGUACCGGCUUCCAACUUGAGCAGCAAUCGAUCUACCGACCCAACUCCAUCAAGAGCAGGGAGUAGAUCAAGACGUAGAACAGGAUACUCUAAAGCCUGGCAGGACUACAAUGGACCUGGUCCGGACUAUCCCAAACAAAGAACUAGUAGCAGAGGAGUUAGAAGUGGAAGUUAUAGCUACACGCCGAGAACCAGUUACUCCGAUCACUAUACUGAGUACAGCAGAAGUAGGGUUGAUAAUUCACCUUCUCAUGACGAAGGAGUAUGGGGAACUAGGAAGAGACAUCAAUCAGUUGGUGAAAGAACAGUUAACCAAUCACGACACAGGCACUGUAGUUCUGUACAGAGUACAAUCAAGAUGGAUGCCUCAAGUGCAGAUAACUCUUAUUCACAAGGAACAAACUAA